GCUGCGUCCAUAGACAAGCAGAGGGAGGAAGUUUGUGAGUGAUCGAUUUUACACCGGCCUCUACAAAACUUCUCAACGGCAUUAUUCUUUGUUUGCCGUACGCGUGCCUGAAUUUUCAAACAAAAGUAUCGAGUUGGUGAAGCGUAAUAAAAAUGGCGAACACGUUUCGCGCGGUGACGGUUUCCGCCGUCAACAAUGACGGUGCUUUAACUCCGCGAUUUAAUUUCCCCACGAACGUAAACGUGGAUUACGACCCGCAAGGUCUUAGUGUUAAAGUGAUACGUGCUGAUCCCGUCUUGGCUCAAGAGGUGCUUGAAUUCCCCGUCCACAGUCAGAGCGAGUGUUCGCGAGUCGCCGGCCAAUCUUACAUUUUUACAAUAGAUAAUGAAACACUGUUUUUCAAAUUCUCCUCUGAUGUUGACUGUCAGAACUUCCAUUUGCUGGUUAGUAAGAUUAAAGCUGGUCGAUCAUCAUCUGUGUUUACGGUGCGCACGGAGGAUUCCUCGGCGAUGCAGUAUUUCCAGUUUUAUGGAUACCUAAGUCAGCAACAGAACAUGAUGCAGGACUAUGUGAGAACAAGUACAUACCAGCGUGCCAUUUUAUCGAACAUCAACGAUUUCAAAAACAAAGUAGUGUUAGACGUCGGCGCCGGUUCCGGUAUUUUGUCAUUUUUCGCGGCACAGGCUGGUGCUCGCAAGGUGUAUGCCGUAGAAGCUAGCAACAUGGCACAUCAUGCACAGGCUCUUGUCAGAGCGAACGGGCUUCACGAUCGUAUCUCUGUUGUUGCUGGUAAAAUAGAAGAAAUCGAGUUACCAGAGAGCGUCGAUGUAAUCAUAUCCGAGCCAAUGGGUUACAUGCUUUAUAAUGAGCGUAUGUUGGAGACUUAUUUACACGCAAAGAAGUGGCUAAAACCCAACGGUAACAUGUAUCCUACCAGAGGAGACUUACACAUAGCGCCAUUCACAGAUGACGCUCUAUUCAUGGAACAAUAUAACAAAGCCAACUUCUGGUAUCAGGCAUGUUUCCAUGGAGUUGAUCUGAGUGCAUUACGCACUGCUGCUAUGAAGGAGUAUUUCAGACAGCCCAUUGUAGAUACUUUUGACGUACGCAUUUGUAUGUCGAGAUCUGUGAGGCAUGUAGUCGACUUUUUGAAUGCCAAUGAAACCGAUUUACAUCGUAUAGAGGUGCCAUUUAGAUUUGAGUUGACACAGUCUGGAACGUGCCAUGGACUGGCUUUCUGGUUUGAUGUUCUAUUUGCUGGUAGUACACAGCACAUCUGGUUGUCUACUUCACCGACAGAACCACUAACACAUUGGUACCAAGUCAGAUGCUUACUCGAGACACCGAUUUUUGCCAAACAAGGACAGGCAUUGACAGGUCGAGUGCUUCUUUUAGCAAAUAAACGUCAAAGCUAUGAUGUUACAAUGGAGAUUAAUCUAGAAGGAACAAAUAUAUCAUCUUCCAACACAUUAGACUUAAAGAACCCAUACUUCAGAUAUACCGGUGCACCUGCGGCACCACCACCAGGAGUAAACACCACAUCUCCAAGCGAAUCUUACUGGAACUCCAUUGAAUCCGCCGGCUCAUUGAGCAAUGGACAAGGUGUUAUUCUUACAGAUGGUACACAACAGUAUUGCUCAACUCCAGAUCAAACAAUUGCUUAUGGGGCUCAUCCGAACAUGAUUAAAACCGUCAUGUUGCAAGAGGAGUUCAUCAAGAGGAUCGGGAUAAGCCAAAAUGGCGAUAUUUAAUCCGCAAAGUCGCGCCGAGCGCGUCUUAGAGCUAUAAGGAACCGUCGCAAUCGGUUGUGAACAAUCUUCCGUUCAAACUUUAUAGUGUGUAAGAGGACUUAUUUAUUUACUAAACAUCACAGUGGACGAGCUGUAUGGUCGUGUAAUUAAUAUUAAUUGAGGUGACCGCCUUGAUCAUAAUCCCAUUAGGUGUAAGUUGACAACGGUAUAAGUAGAUUCAGAAUUAAGAUAUGCAAUGAAGUGUUGUAAUACCACUCGGUGCGUUCUGUUCUCAGUUUGUAUGACGCUUACUAGUGUAAUUUGGAUACAGCAUUUUCUUUGUGUAAAUAUGUCCCUACACAAUCUCAGUGGCUGUAACAACUGCUGGACCUACGGCAGCUCUGUGUCUAGUUUAAGUGAUUAGAAGUACAUUAGCGUAGUCCUUCUACAGACGAAAGGAAUGUUAUCGUCUCAUUUAUUAUGUGGAUGUUGGAUCCAAGAUUAAUUGUAAUUGCCGUGACCUCGGAACAUCAUGAGUAACAUAGAACAAUUUUUAACAAUAUUUUAGGAUUGUUCCUUUUGAAAUUGAAUUUAUAUUAUUUCACCAGCUAUCUUAAUUAAAUUGAAAUUAUGGCAUAGUUUUAAGAACUAAGUAGUAUAGAUGUAAGAAAUUAAAACCGAACUUCAGUUGUAUCGUUGGAUACAUAUGCAGUUUUUUAUGUAAAUAUUAAUAUUAGGACCGUUGAAAGUUUUUGACUGAAAUCAACCAAUUUCUAUCUCACAAUAUUAUUGGAAUCUUUUUGUAGAUAUCGCCAGUGACUUGAGAUACAAUCAAGGUGUAUUUUUUUUUUUUUAUGUUAACAUGAGAACUAUUUUGUAAUAUUUUAAUUGCUUUGUGUUGGUGCAUGAGAAAUUUUUCUUAUAAAAUUAUGCCAUUAUAUUAGGAGUAGGCGAUAUGGAAGGUACUUGUCAACGCUUGAGGUAGAAUAUGAGGUUUAGUAUGAUAUUAUAUUAAUCUGAAAUCCUUUGAUGUAUCUUAAUAAUGUCUCCGCUUGCAAACAUUCAGACUGUUUAGUCGAUUGAUGUUUGUGGCUAAAUGACUAUGAAGAUAUAUUUAGUAAUUCAUCAUUAGUCAAACUCGCUAACUACCUCAAUUUGGCAGAACGUUGGUAGCCAUCUGGUCUUUGAAUCGGCACUUAGAAGGCUUAAAAAUCAUCGAUGGUUUAAAAAAAUUUGAUAAGCAAUAAUGUUUGAAUUGUAAUAAAAUAAACAAAUUUUGUCACA